AUGGGCGAUAAGUUGCACCAGAAACUAGCAAUCGGAGUCGAUCUCGGAACCACAUACUCGUGUGUUGCAGUAUGGCAACAUGGUCGAGCAGAGAUCAUUGUGAACGAUCAAGGCAACAGAACGACGCCGUCGUAUGUCGCCUUCACUGAUACUCAAAGAAUGGUCGGGGACGCUGCAAAGAACCUGGCUGCACAUAACCCAACUAACACUAUCUUUGAUGCCAAGAGGUUAAUUGGUCGGAGGUUCAGUGAUACCCAUGUUCAGAGUGAUAUAAACCUUUGGCCGUUUAAGGUCAUUUGCGGUGAAAAUGAUAGGCCCAAAAUUGCUGUGAACUUAAAAUCACAAGAAAGGCAAUUUUUGCCAGAAGAAAUCCCAUCCAUGGCAUUAGCAAAGAUGCUUGAGAUUGCAGAGAAAUAUCUUGGCUCAACGGUUAAAGAUGCAGUUGUCACUGUGCCUGCAUAUUUCAAUGAUUCUCAACGCCAAGCAACCAAAGAUGCCGGCACAAUUGCUGGCCUUAACAUAAUGCAAAUAAUCAAUGAGCCCACUGCCGCAGCAAUUGCAUACGGUCUGGACAAGAAAGAUAGAAACAUUUUUGUGUUUGAUCUUGGCGGGGGUACCUUUGAUGUCUCUCUUGUUGCAAUAAACAAGGGUGAUUUCCAAGUUAAAGCAGUUGGCGAUGACACGCACCUUGGGGGAGAGGACAUUGACAAUAGAAUGGUCAAUUACUUUGUGGAAGAGUUGAAGAAGAAGCAUAAGAAGGACAUUAGUGGAAAUCCAAAGGCCCUUAGGAGGUUGAGAACUUCUUGUGAGAAGGCAAAAAGAGUACUCUCAUCCACAUCCGUUGUUGAUACAAUCGUUGCUGUUGAUGCUUUGCAUGAAGGCGAUGACUUUUAUUCAACUAUCACUCGAGCUAUGUUUGAGGAAUUGAACAAAGACCUCUUUGCAAAAUGUUUAAAAAUUACUGAGAAGUGUCUUUCGGAUGCUAACAUGGACAAGAGGUGUAUUGAUGAGGUUGUCCUGGUUGGUGGGUCUACAAGAAUUCCUAAAAUUCAACAGCUAUUGCAGAACUUCUUUAAUGGGAAGGAUCUAUGCAGAAGCAUUAACCCCGAUGAGGCUGUCGCUUAUGGUGCUGCUGUUCAAGCUGCUAUCUUAAGUGGACGAGGAAAUGAUGAUUUACAAGGCAUUGUCUUGAGAGAUGUCACCCCAUUGUCCCUGGGGUUUGAGGUAUACGGUGGUCCCAUGAAGGUAGUGAUUCCAAGGAACACUAGUAUGCCUACAACGAAGUGGGUUGAUAAUUUGACUACUGUGCGUGACAACCAAGCAACAAUCCCUUUAAAUGUUUUUCAGGGUGAGAGAUCAAUGGUAAAGGAUAACAAUUUUCUGGAUACGUUUUACCUCACUAUUCCCCCAGAACCAAAGGGUGUUCCUAAGCUCAGAAUUUGUUUUUCUAUUGAUGUGAAUGGUAUCUUAAAUGUCUCGGCUGAGGAAACUAAAUCAGGGAGCAAGAAUCAGAUGACAAUAAUUAAAGGAAAAGAAAGACUAUCAAAGGAAGACAUUGAAAGGAUGGUUCAAGAAGCGGAGAAAUACAAGGCCGAUGACGAGAGGUGCAAGAAGAAAGCUGAAGCUAAGAAUGCUUUGGAGGACUGUAUAUACAAUGUCAAGAGUGCUGUAAAGAAUGAGAUGAGUGACUCAGAAAUUUCCCCAACAUACAAGAAGAUGAUUGAGGAUGCGAUUGAAAUGGUGGCCUUGAAGCUGGUCCAAGUCCAGGAGCUUGCUGAAGUUGACGUAUGUGAGGGCGAGAAGAGAAAGCUUGAGAGCAUUUAUAAUGACAUUAUUUUGAGGCAAAGUGAAGAUAAUGCUGGCAAUGUUCAUCCUUCUGCAGACCGUACUGAUACUGUUUCAGAAAUUUCCCUCCCCUUUCUUCAUUCCCGCCAAUCGCCGGCAGCUUUUAGAUUCUGGGUCUCCAUCAUCACUUCACUUUCUCCUCCUUCAUUGUUCGUCGUGCUGCGUUGUUCUCCUUUCGUCUACUCUCUUCUUCGUUCUGAGCUUCGGGCGUUGCUUGUAGGAUUAUUUGCUACUCUGAUCUAUUUUUGCCAUUUCAUUCGGUUCCCGUAA